AUGCCCCCCCCCCCCAGCCCCAAAAUCGAGGCACUUUCAGCUGUGGCAUCUCCAGCUAUGGCACCUCCAGCUGUGGCAUGUCCAGCUAUGGCACCUCCAGCUGUGGCAUCUCCAGCUAUGGCACCUCCAGCUGUGGCAUCUCCAGCUGUGGCAUCUCCAGCUAUGGCACCUCCAGCUGUGGCAUCUCCAGCUAUGGCACCCCCAGCUGUGGCAUCUCCAGCUGUGGCAUCUCCAGCUAUGGCACCUCCAGCUGUGGCAUCUCCAGCUAUGGCACCUCCAGCUGUGGCAUCUCCAGCUAUGGCACCUCCAGCUGUGGCAUCUCCAGCUGUGGCAUCUCCAGCUAUGGCACCUCCAGCUGUGGCAUCUCCAGCUAUGGCACCUCCAGCUGUGGCAUCUCCAGCUGUGGCACCUCCAGCUGUGGCACCUCCAGCUGUGGCAUCUCCAGCUGUGGCAUCUCCAGCUAUGGCACCUCCAGCUGUGGCAUCUCCAGCUAUGGCACCUCCAGCUAUGGCAUCUCCAGCUAUGGCACCUCCAGCUGUGGCAUCUCCAGCUAUGGCACCUCCAGCUGUGGCAUCUCCAGCUAUGGCACCUCCAGCUGUGGCAUCUCCAGCUAUGGCACCUCCAGCUGUGGCAUCUCCAGCUAUGGCACCUCCAGCUGUGGCAUCUCCAGCUAUGGCACCUCCAGCUGUGGCAUCUCCAGCUAUGGCACCUCCAGCUGUGGCAUCUCCAGCUAUGGCACCUCCAGCUGUGGCAUCUCCAGCUAUGGCACCUCCAGCUGUGGCAUCUCCAGCUGUGGCACCUCCAGCUGUGGCAUCUCCAGCUGUGGCACCCUCCCUCCCUCCCCGCCUCCUUCAGUAG